AUGAAAAGUGAAACGUCUAGUAAAUCACCGACGGGACAAAGCGAAACGGUGGACAACCUACAAGUCGAGCCAUCAACAACAUUCUUAUAUAUCUGCAAACAGUUAGAUCCUAAAAUAGAUGAAGAUUUCAUUGAAAAGGCUUGGAAACAGUACGAUACUGUCGGAAAGCAAUAUGUGUUAGAGGGGAAACAAUUAACCUGGUAUGCUUGUGCUGUUUAUCUUUCGAUGUGGCAAGGGAGCUUACUUGAGAAUGCCGUACCGAAGAAAUAUUCGUUGGCUAAACUUCUCAAAAUUUGUAAACUCAGUGUGCUUGAAUUCUUCGACAAAGGAACUAAAUGGGUGGAAAUGAUUAAUGGGCCGCGGCGCUUAAAGGAUCAUAUCAGUCGAGUGCAGUCGUCCCUUGCAGUUUCAGCGGUUGUUUUUAAAAAAUUAUUACCGAUCUUCCGGAAGAUAUUUGCACCACCGUAUAGUAAUGAUGAUGAAGAUGAUGUGAAAGGUCUCAAUUGCAAAAAACUGUUUUCUUUGCUGUGGACAUUAUUUAUCGUAAUGCGAAAGCAAUUCAACAGCGAUGACUUGAUGAACAGUUUUCAUCUUUUGCUUUGUACAGUUGACUUCAUCUUUCAAGAUCUUCGACGCUCCGAAAUGACUUGCUUAUUGGAUGGCGAUUUCAUAAAUGCUGUUGAUAUACAACACGAAGAAGAUUCUAUACUGGAAACAUUAUGCCAGAUUUUUGAAGGUGUUGUCUUGGAUGCAAAACACUUUCGAACCCACUGUUGGCUUCCCAAAAUGCGCAGAAUGUCGGAAGAGAAAACAAUAGAAACAGGCGAAGAUCUGACCAAUUUUGCUGCUAAUGAAUUUAUCAACAAGAAAAAGUUGGAUAGUAUAUAUGAGGAACUGAUUGUGAAACGAGGUGAAAUGGAUGAAAGGAUGUUUCUGCCGGCGGAUAUUUCUAUCGUGUUCGAUGAAGCCUAUGAUGAAUGUGCAGUGCAGCGUCUUCGGCGUUCAGAAGAUGGUGAUAAUCUUGUUGAUGCAGAUAUGUUGCUGCGUAUAAGUACCCAAAGUUGUUUGGAGCGACUUCAAGAUCAGAGGCAACAAAGGACUCCAUUGAGUGGCCGAGGAUAUGUCAUAUCCGCAGAGCAGUAUUGUCCUGCUACACCAGUUUCCGCUUCACUUUAUAAUGCUUCGAAACUAGAAGCGUUACUUCAAGAUAAUUGGAGGAGAUUGGAUGCUGAAGUAGAGAGCAUUUUAUGUCACAGCUGCCAAGAUCCAUUUGAGAAAAUUAUGAAUAUUGUAUCUCAGUUAAGUGAACGUCUGGAAGAAGUAAUAGAAAAUGAAGGACGGUUAGAUGGAGCUGGCUAUGAUGCUUCAUUUCGUCAAAUGUUUGCAGUUCGAAAGAACAAUACAGAAUCUUUAUUCUUUCGUUUCUUGCAUAAAAUAGCUUUUUCGGAAAGAGAUCGUUUGGGAAGUGGAAGUAUCGUUAAGCUAAGUGCUGUAUUGCUGAGAGAAGAUUUCUUGAAAGCUUUGUACGUCUGUGCUUUGCAACUGGUCCUUUUUACAUAUGAAAGUGUGCGGGAAUUCCCGUGGAGCCUGGAAAUUAUGCGACUGCCUGCUAUACAUUUUUACAAAGUUAUUGAACUAAUUAUACGAGCCGAUUCUUCUUUAUCGCGUGAAAUGGUUAAGCAUCUCAAUAAGGUUGAAGAACGUGUGCUGGAAGAGUUUGCGUGGAGUUUAGAUUCACCAUUAUGGCCUAGCUUACAUCGGCGAACCGAUGGUGUACCAUCAAGUCAAGCGGUGUCGUUGGAAACCUUAGAGGGUUACUCUGUGAGGCAGCCAUCUCUUUCACAACGUUAUACCUUGUCACCCGUCAAACCACUCGCAAAACGUCGGCUCGAGUUUGAUGACGAUGACUCAUCAUGCAUUGCUGCAAAACGGCGAGUUCCAGAUGCUGAAAAUUCAACACCAACAUCUGCAACACUAUUAUUUUUCCGCAAGGUAUAUUAUUUGGCAGCAGUUCGCUUGCGUGAUCUCUGCGAACGAGUACGUCUUGAUGAAAAAGGUCGUCAGCGAGCUUGGACUUUGUUUGAACAUGUUUUGAGAACGGAAACAUCCCUUAUGGCUGGAAGGCAUUUGGAUCAAAACUUGAUGUGCUGUUUAUAUGUGGUAGCAAAAAUUGGCCAGCAAAAUAUUUCUUUCCACGACAUUAUGUACCAUUACCGUCAUCAACCUCAAGCUACUUCACGUGUAUACCGGCGAGUUCUGGUGGAGAACACUUCUUCACCUCCGAUCAUUUUGGAUGAUGGUGCUUCUCAUGAUUCUGUUGGUUCUGCAUCAGGAGACAAAUUCCGUUCUGAAUCGUCAGUAUCGGGAGCAGUUACUGGCAGUGGUACAGCGACACCAGAACAUCAGAACGUGGAAUAUAUUGAUCUCAUCAAAUACUACAAUCACAUUUUCAUUGCUCAUGUGAAAUCUUUUGUGCAAAAAUUGCAGCCGGGGAUUGCAGAGAGUGGUGUUUCUCUGUUAUCAAUUCCAGUGGUGCAUUGUAAUCGCUUGUCUCCUCAGAGGAGCGUAUCUGAUCGUAUUACCGUUACACCAAUGCCUACUUCAUUGCCAUCGUCACCAUCACGACCAUACAGAUAUAUCUUUGAUAAGACACCAGUCAAAGAACUAAAUUCAAUUAAUCUGAUAAUGCAUAACGCUGGUCGAACAAUCCCUCAGUUGUCUUCUGGUGGUUUUCAGCAAGGCUCAUAUCGCAAUUUGGUCGCCCGUACGAUGUCUUAA